AUGACUUUGCUGGUUGUUCAUUCCGACCAGUACGAAAAUCAGCAAAUGGAGCUAGAACAACUCAUUCGGCGAUCGAGUAUCCGAUCAACGAUACUCUCGGUCGAAUCCCAAGUACAUUUCGAUACUAGAGAGAAUGUGAGGGAUGAAUACCGCAAUGCCAUGUGGCCCAUCUCCUUUCCAGCACCACCCCAUCUUCUUACAGGGUGUAUUAUCCGCCCGGAUAGCAUCAUCUAUGCCGCGGCUGAAAGCCUCCAGCAUCUAGAGCGCUAUCUAGAGGCUCUACAGCAGAGCUUUUCCUAG